AUGUCGUUUCAACGGGAUAAGAUGUUAAAAAAUAGGAUCCAUAUAGAGUUCGAGUCAUUCAUCAACUUGAACAAGAACAGCCCAGAAUACUUGUCACUCUACAUGGAUGAAAAACUUCGUGAAGGAUUAAAAUCGGAGAAUGACGUAAAUGCCGAGAAACUGCUUGACAAGGCCAUGGUGUUCCGUAUUUUUCAAGAGAAAGAUGUCUUUGAAAAAUGCUACAAAAAACACAUGGCAAUACGUCUGCUGCUAGCCAAGAGUAUCUCAGAUGACAUGGAAAGGAGAUGA